UUUUGCGUCAGUUGUUUGAAGUCGUAGACUCGUAGGAGUUUUUCUUCUGGGGAAAAGCUUAUAUAUGGAAACGCUGUCGCCUUCGUCUUCGUCACCAUCACACAGAGAAGACCACCACUACCACCACAACCACCACCUUCUUCAAUGCUCUUCUCCCCGUUUUUCUUCACAUACAGGUGCUGGAACAGCAGCAACAACGGGAGCGGGAGCGAGAGCUAUGCAGAAGAAGAAGAAGAAGCUGAGUAAUGGUAGUAAGCGAGGGGAGGUGACGAGUGGGCUAAUCAUCGCGAGCCUGCUCUACCACCUGCGGAGGAGGCGACUCCUCCACCCGCUCUUAUCCGCCGUCUCCGCCUGCGUACUCUUACUCUUCGCCGCCUCCUCCCUCCCAAUCAUUCACCACCACCACCACUUCUACUUCUCUGCUGGCAAUGCGGUGGAUGUCGGAUCGGAUUUGGCUACGGAGCCGGAUACGCCGUCCACGGUGCCGGCAAGUCGAGGCAGCUUAGUCCGUGAUUUGUGGGCCUCCAAGCUGUCAAAGCUGUACCGCGGUUGCAGCAAUGCCAGCGAUAAGUUUGCAAGUGCUGACGUGAAAACGCAUCCGAAUCGAUACUUGUUGAUUGCUACUAGUGGAGGCUUGAAUCAACAAAGAACAGGGAUAACAGAUGCUGUUGUUGCAGCUUACAUUUUGAAUGCUACUCUUGUUGUUCCCAAGCUGGAUGUGAAAUCUUAUUGGAAGGAUGCCAGCAACUUUUCUGAGAUCUUUGACGUGGACCAAUUCAUCUCAUUUCUUUCAAAAGAUGUUAAAAUCAUUAAAGAGCUUCCCUCGAACGGAGGAAAAGCUCUAAAUCCAUAUACCAUGCGUGUUCCAAGGAAGUGUAAUAAAAAAUGCUAUGAGAGCCGCGUUGUACCUGUUCUUAACAAAAAGCAUGUCGUUCAGCUCACCAAGUUUGAUUACAGGCUUUCAAAUAGGUUGAAUACUGGUUUGCAGAAGCUGAGAUGUAGAGUUAACUACCAUGCUUUGAAAUUUACUGAUUCUAUUCUUGAAAUGGGUGAAAAGUUGGUUCAGAGGAUGCGGACGAAAAGUGAACAUUUCAUUGCCCUGCAUUUGAGGUUUGAACCUGAUAUGCUUGCAUUUUCUGGAUGCUAUUAUGGUGGAGGAGAAAAAGAAAGAGCAGAACUUGGUGCAAUUCGGAAGAGAUGGAAAACUUUACAUGCAAGCAACCCUGAUAAAGGACGAAGGCAUGGAAGAUGCCCACUCACUCCAGAGGAAGUUGGUCUUAUGCUAAGAGCAUUGGGUUUCGGAAGUGAUGCUCACUUAUAUGUGGCAUCAGGUGAAGUAUAUGGAGGUGAAGAGACAUUGGCACCACUCAAAGCACUCUUCCCAAAUUUUCAUUCAAAAGAGACUAUAGCCAGCACGGAGGAAUUAGCACCAUUUUCAUCAUUUGCUUCUCGCAUGGCUGCGCUAGACUUCAUUGUUUGUGAUGACAGCGAUGUUUUUGUCACCAACAACAAUGGCAACAUGGCUCGAAUGUUAGCUGGACGAAGAAGAUACUUUGGUCACAAACCAACAAUCCGUCCAAAUGCUAAAAAACUAUACAGAUUGUUCCUGAACCGAAAUAACAUGACAUGGGAAGAAUUUGCCUCCAGAGUUCGAACUGAUCAGAUUGGCUUCAUGGGAGAGCCAAAUGAGGUGAAGCCAGGCAGGGGUGAGUUUCAUGAGAACCCAACAUCCUGCAUAUGUGAGAAGUCCAAGGCAAAGGCUAGGGAGGGUUUCAAUCCUCACAGUCAAAAUAAAAAUGGCAAGGAGGAUAGCACAAAUAAUGAUACGGGUGAUGUGACAGACGAGCAGUUAACGGAGGAUGAGCGAGACUGGUCUGAUAUGGAUUAUGGGGAGAACACAAUUAGGAUUCAAGAGAGAGGGCUUCCUAAUGGAACAGAGUUAGGUCCCAGUGUUUUGGUUAAACCCGACCAACCUGAACUUGAGGAAGAGUUAUUUUCGGACUAAAAUCAAGGAGGCUGCUCCCAUUUCCCAUUGAGAAGAAGUAUGAGCUUUACUUGACCGAAAUUUUCAACCAAUUCUUUGGGUCUUUUAUUCUGUUAUUGUGCUUCAAUGGACAGAACUUUCUUGAACAGAAGUGGCAGUGACAACAAAGGACUAUGUACAUAAAGGCAUCGGGCAUUCGAUCUGAUUGAGUCUCCAGUUUCUGUAUAUGGUCGCACAGUACAACCCCCAUGGGGAUAAGCAAUCCUCCAUUCAGAUUUAGAAGCUUCUUGUACAUAAAAACCCUAGGAUAUGUGGCUAAGGACAGAAUCUUUUGCUCUCUUUGAGGAUUCUCGCCGAAAGUCCAGGACAGUAAUAUGACCUGAGGAACAUGGAAAAAAAAAAAAAAAAAAAUAGGGACGGGCGGGGGGUUGACAUUGAUUUAGAACUUUAGACUUUAGGUUUUCCCUUUCAUUUCUUUCUUUUUGAAUAUUGUUUUGCCUUAUCUUCUAGGAUAUGUAUACAUCAAAAUGUUUGGUUUAGAAUUUUUGAAAGUGAUACAAUACAAAGCAUGUUUUGUUAGAAAGCUGGACACCAAGAUGAUCAAGAUGAGAUUUAUUAAUUGUGUGUGCUUCAGUAAUUGUAAGUAGGAUUUCUGUGAGAACUUAGCAGGAUGAAGUCUGUUAACCUCAUGCUUUUUCUUAUUCUUCUUUCUAGAUAAUCAUCUCA